AUGGGAUCGAUAGCUGAGCCACAAGGCAUUCCAUCUUUGACGGCCUUUGAGCGCAUUGGCCCCAAGGGCUGGGUCCGUUAUGUAUUCCCUUUCCAGCUUGCCGAUGAGUACGAUAUACCUCAAGUGACAGAUGUCAUUAGCCGUGGAUUCGAUGCUGUAAAACAACAGUUCCCAGAAGCCGCCUGCGAGGCUGUACCCGACUCUAGUUCCAAACAAAAGGGCGUUUUGAAGCUGCAGAGUCUUGAAGAGGAUGACAUCGAAAGCGUGGUAAUCAAAGACCUACGCCAUCCUCACGAUUUUCCGCUCACCUACCAAGAGCUGAAAGCAAAGUCGUUUCCUGUCUCUGCAUUUGAUGCUGAUAUUCUAUGCCGUGGACCUGUCUGGGCUACCCCUGGGGAUCGGAUACCGAUCUCUCUCAUACAAGCGAAUUUUAUUCGCGGUGGUUUAAUCCUCACCUGGAACAUAUUUCACAUGAUCGGUGAUGGGACUUCAUUUUACCUUUGGACGAAGGUCUUUUAUCUUUCACCUGAAGCAUUGAAAACGCUCAAGGCGGACGCUUCUCCAGAUAGCGCGACUGAACUAUCUGAUCAAAAAUGGAUUUCGACCAAUGAUGCAGUUUCUGCACUUCUCUGGCGCACUGUUAUGGCAGUCCAGUCUCCACUGGAGUCACUUGACGGUAAUCCGGUUUCGAACUUUGGUAUUUCGAUCAAUGCGCGUCAGCGAAUGACACCCAGGAUCCAUCCCCAUACUUCUGGCUGCUUUUUGGGAUGGGUAUCAGUGAAGGCCCCUAUCCGAGAGAUCAUCAGUAGUUUCAAUCUGGCUGAUCUGGCUAUUCUGGUCCGUAAAGCAGUAUUGCGUGCAGAUGACAAGUUUGGAGACGAUGUCGUGACUCUCGUCGAUAGUUUGGAUGAUGUCAACCGGCUUGUUCCAACCGCAUUUUUGGACGUCCCGGGAUUUAACUGUGUGCAGUCAUCUUGGGGUGGAUUUGAUCUCCAUUCUCUGGAAUGGGGCCAGGUGUUGGGUAAUAAGAUUGAUGCAGUUCGGUCCCCAAGUGUCGGCUUGAUUAAUGGGGCUCAAAUAAUUUUGCCGGUGUUGCCAGAUGGUGGAAUGGAAGUUUUGAUGGGAGUAGAGGAAACUUGUCUUGAAAGGCUGUUAAACGACCCUUUGCUGGGUAAGUAUGCAAUCGCAGUUUAA